AUGGCGGUGCCCUCCUGUGCAGGAGUCAACAGGCUCCGCUCCUCACUUCCCCAGGUGGCGCAGUGGGGGGGCGGCGGGGGAGCAGAUUACAUCAUAAGAUGCUGUUGUCUUCAUGACGGCAGGGUCCCUGUCCUAUUUACCGCUGCGACUCAGCGCUUAACCCCGGUUGGCGAGCAGCACCGCUGGCUGGUGGAGCCUCAGAUUGAUGAUCCCAACAGCAGCCUCGGGGAGGUGAUUAAUGAGGCUGAGGCCAUCACCUCUGUGAACAGUCUGGGAAGCAAGCAAGCCUUGAAUACAGAUUACCUGGAUUCUGACUACCAGAGAGGACAGCUGUACCCGUUCUCCCUCAGCAGCGAUUUCCAGAUGGCCACGUUCACGCUGACAAACACAGUUCCGAUGACCCAGUCCUUCCGGGAACGGUGGUACAUGAACCUCCACAGCCUAAUGAACCGGGCCUUGGCCCCGCAGUGUGGCAGUGGGGAAGACCUGUAUAUCAUCACCGGAGCAGUGCCCUCCACACACACAGUUAGAGACAGAGUGGCGGUCCCAGGGUUGGUUUGGCUGGCGGCCUGCUGUGCUGUCCCUGGAGGAGGCUGGGCCAUGGGCUUUGUUAAGCAUGCCCAGGACAGUGACAUCAUAGAAGAUGUGAUGGUGAAAGAUCUUGAGAAACUGCUUCCAUUGAACCCUCAGCUGUUCCAGAACAACUGUGGUGAAACUGAGCAAGACACUGAGAAAAUGAAAAAAAUCCUAGAAAUGGUUAAUCAGGUCCAGGAUGAAGAGCGAAAUGUGCAGUCUCAGGAGAGUACUAGUCCUCUCUCCAGCCCCAGGAGCAAGCGGUCGGCUCUGCUGCCUCCAGAGGGAGCCGAGGGAAGUGGUAGCUUCUUGGGAAAACUUUUGGGUUUCAUCGCUACCCCGUUCAUCAAGCUUUUCCAAUUAAUUUCGUACCUUGUGGUAGCAAUCCUGAAGAACAUUCUCUGUUUCCUGUGGUAUGUCACCAAGCAGGUGAUUAAUGGCAUAGAAGGUUGCCUUUACCGCCUGGGCUCAGCCACCGUCUCCUACUUCAUGGCCAUUGGGGAAGAGUUGGUGAGCAUACCCUGGAAGGUGCUCAAGGUUGUUGUCAAGGUCAUCAGGGCCAUUCUGCGGAUCCUUUGCUGCGUGCUGAAGGUCGUGUGCCGCAUUCUGGGCAUCCCUAUUCGCGUCCUUGUAGACGUGGCCACUUUCCCUGUGUACACCAUGAGUGCAGUUCCAAUUGUGUGCAAGGACAUCGCAGUGGGACUUGGUGGCACUGUCUCUUUGCUCUUUGACACUGCUUUUGGCACCAUGGGUGGCCUGUUUCAGGUUGUUUUUAGUGUCUGCAAACGGAUUGGCUACCGGGUUACUUUUGACAAUUCUGGGGAGUUAUAGAACUCACAAACUAAGAGUGUUCAGUUAUGGUGAAUUUGAUUUAUUUUUAAAUAGAAAAAGCUGGAUUAUUUCAUCUUUAUAAUGGGUCUCUGUUCACUGUUAAUUAUUAUAUUUUCACCUUUGGUGGGGGUGACUGCCUGUUUUUGCAAAGGAGGAUAGUGCAAUUUAGACUUGACCCAAGAGAAAUGCUCAGGGCAGAACUAGGUGUAGUCACGUGCUGAGUCCUUCCAGGGAGAGGUGCACAUUUCUAAGCCACUACUAAUUUCUGUUAUUCACUCUGAUGUGGAUGAUCGCUUUCCAGGGAGAGGUGCACAUUUCCAAGCCACUACUAAUUUCUGUUUUUCACUUCGAUAUGGAUGAUAUGGAUGAUAUGGUGUUUGUUUGUGAUCACUAAACAUUACAGAGAGGGAAUUAGAAAGAAGACAACUUUAGGGCCAGACCUACAGCCUGGGAUUAGGGGAGCUAGCUCCCACAUGGCUCACUGUGGUUCAAAUCCUGGCCCUGGCAUCUUGAAAAACACGCAAGGCAUGUGUGUUUGUGUGCCCCAAUUCCAGCAGGUUGGAGAAACGGAGGUGAAGGGAU